UCGGGCCCCAUGUGCUAGGCAACAGAUAGGAACAGGGCAUAGGAAUUCGGAUUGGUCAAUUAUUUCUAUUCCCUGUUUCUAUUGGCUAAUGUCUAUUUUUAUUGCCUGUAGCCUGGCAUUGUGUAAGGGCCUUUAGAAUCAAUAUGGUGCUAUAACCUCAAUUGACAGUUUUAUCAACAAAACAAUUCUAAGGACCAGCGAAUGCUGGUCCACUGAAUCUCCGUGAAAGCUUGGUAACCUUAAUUAUAAUGUUGGAACUAUGCAAACAUCGGAAAAUACUUCAACAAUGAAAGAAAAAUAACCUAUAAACAAUGAACAUAUUCUGUGUUCUGAAUUUCUAUAACGCCAGUGCAAUGAAAUGGAUCAAGCAUCCUGAGAAAGUGUCUUUUAAUUGCUAUCACACUUAAUUUUUACUUGUAAGUAAAUCGCGUCAUUGUUUUGAUUUCAGAAUCUCCCUUGUCUUGUGACUCUGUAAGAACUUACCUAGAAGACUGACAUAGAUCUCAAUAAUGUUUGUGUAUCUGAGCAAGAAGAUCUCAAUACCGAAUAACUUUCGAUUAAAUUGCAUAGCAUGGAAUCAAAAAGACAGCUAUAUUGCUGUCGGAGGGGAAGAUGGACUUUUGAAGGUGUUGCGAGUAGAUUCCAGCGUCAAUGGAUCUCACAGUGGUGGGAAAUCCCGAGGCUUAGCUGCGACAAGUAAUUUGAGCAUGAAUCAACCUUUGGAGGGUCACAACGGUCAUGUUCAAGUGGUCACAUGGAACGAGGAGCAUCAAAAGUUAACUUCCAGUGAUCAAAAUGGAGUAAUAAUUGUUUGGAUGCUAUAUAAAGGCUCAUGGUACGAGGAAAUGAUUAACAAUCGCAACAAGUCGGUGGUGAAAGGCAUGGCAUGGAGUUGUGAUGGUCAAAAGAUCUGUAUAGUCUAUGAGGACGGAGCUGUGAUUGUUGGCUCUGUUGAUGGCAACAGGAUUUGGGGAAAAGAGCUGAAGAACGUUGCGCUCUCUGCCGUGCAAUGGUCUCCAGAUGGAAAGCUGCUUCUGUUCGGCUUGAAAAGCGGAGAAGUCCACCUUUACGACAAUCAGGGUGUAUUUCUGACGAAGUUGAAUGUUCUCUCGUUAAACAGCAGUCAGCUGCAGACCAUUAUGGCGUUGCAGUGGUACGACGGCAAAAAUGGCUACGUCGCCAUAGACUGCCCUACAUUGGCUAUCUGUUAUCGCAACGGCCGGAUACAACUGAUGCGCGAUACCAACGAUGAUAAUCCAAUUACAAUGGAGACCGGUCUAACCGCCUCCUGGUGUUGCUGGAAUAGCUGCGGCUCACUCUUGGCGGUGACCGGCUUGAUGCCGUUGCUUAGCAACGGGGAGACCAAGGACACUAACGUCAUCCAAUUCUACACGCCGUUCGGCGAGCAUAUGAGGACUUUGAAGAUACCAGGCAGAGAAGUAACGUGCUGCGCCUGGGAGAAGGGUUCCCUUAGGGUCGCCUUAUCCGUAGACUCGCACAUAUACUUCGCGAACAUUCGCUUGGACUACAAGUGGACCUACUUCAGCAACACGGUUGUCUUCACAAACGAGAAGAUCGGCAAGGACGGCACCUGCGUAACGUUUUGGAACACCAGCAGCAAUACGUGCUGCACUAAAUAUGUGAGGUCCCUGAUAUCGAUAACCUCGCACGGAGAGCACUGCGUCCUGUCUGUGAGGAAUGACCCCACCCAAGCCACUGAGCAAUUCGCCCUGCUCGUUUGCAACACCAUAGCCACGCCCAUAGACUCUAAAUUCUUGGAUUUGGAGCCGUUGCACUUGGCGAUGACCACGAACGCGGUGGUAGCUGCCUCGAGGAACAAUUUUCUAGUGUGGAAUUUCCGCACACCUCGCAACUCGAGCCUGCAUCCCGGCAGGAUGCGCAAAUAUAAGAUCUACCACGUGGAUGAGACACCGACCGGUGUGACAGAGGUUAUUCAAGAUCUGGAUAAGGAUGGUUCCUAUGAGACGCCCAUCAACAUGAAACCCACCGUAGAUCCCAUAUGCUGUGUCUAUGCCACCGAUAAGGUUCUCCUUGUCGGUCGGGAGUCGGGAAUGAUCCAGCGCUACUCGUUGCCGCAAAUAACUCUUUUGAACAGAUACAACACCGCGUGCAGGCUGCAUAAGAUCGCUAUAAAUUGUGAUUCCACGCGCGCUUCUAUAAUGGAUGCUAACGGUAUCCUCACUAUGUUAGACUUGGACCCGCAGAAAACACCUGGUUCGCGAGACUCACGAGAUGGAGACUCGAGUGAGGACGUGUCCAAGUUCGAGAGGAAAGACGUAUGGGCCGUGUGUUGGGCGCGGGACAAUCCUGCGCUCUUAGCGAUCAUGGAGAAGACCAGGAUGUAUGUCCUGAGAGGACUUGAUCCUGAGGAACCUAUAUCCUGCUCCGGAUACAUCUGCUCUUUUCAAGAUCUCGAGAUACGUUGCGUUCUCUUGGACGAUCUUGUGCUGAAGCCCGAUGACACGCGGAAAGAACUGAUCGUUGACCUAGAAGUGAAGUCUCUAAGAGAUACGCGAGAGCUGCUGGCUAAAGUGGGCCUGAAGGAGGCUAAUAACUUCAUCCAGGAUAACCCACAUCCGCGUCUCUGGCGGCUGCUGGCCGAGUCGGCGUUAACCAAGCUGGACUUGGAGACCGCAGAGAACGCGAUGGUGCGGUGUACGGAUUACUUGGGUAUACAGUUCAUCAAGCGUCUGCAGAACGUGCACAACGAUCAAUUGAAGAGGGCCGAGGUAGCAGCGUUCCUCGGCGAUUACGAUGAGGCCGAAAAGCUGUACUUGGACAUGGACAGGAGGGACUUGGCGAUUGCACUGCGUCAGAAAUUGGGCGACUACUUCCGAGUGGUGCAGCUCAUGAAGAUGGGUAUCGGCGGCUCAGACAAGCAGAUGGAGCAUGCGUACAACAAGAUCGGAGACCAUUUCGCCGAGAGGCAGAAUUGGGAAGGCGCCAGGGACUACUACGAGAAAGGCAGGAAUCUAGAGAAACUGAUUCAAUGUUACUAUAAGCUGGAGCAUUUCCCGCAAUUGGCGGCCACCGUCGAUCAACUGCCGGACAAGAGCCCAAUAUUGAAGACCGUGGCGAGGAUGUUAGCUUCGGUAGGAAUGUGUUCGCAGGCAGUAGCAGCCUAUAUCAGGUAUGGCGAUGUCAAGUUAGCCGUGGACACAUGCGUACGUUUGAAUCACUGGGAUCAAGCAGUCGACUUGGCCAAAACUUACAAAAUGGCACAGAUCGGUGAGUUGUUGAGCAAAUAUGCCAAUCACCUGUUGUCGAAUGGUAAACGUCUACAGGCGAUCGAGCUCUACAAGAAGGCUAACUACAAUUUGGAAGCGGCUAAGCUACUGCUUCGCUUAGCCGAAGAGCAGGCCAAGUGUAAAUCGCAUCCCUUGCGCGUGAAAAAGAUCUACGUUCUUGCGGCGUUGCUGAUUGAGGAGCACAUCAAUAACGUGCCGGCGAUCAAAGGCGGCCGUAGUAAUGUUGUGAUGGGCCUGACCGAGAGUAACGAGGACACCAAGAUCAUAGAGAACGCUUGGCGUGGUGCCGAGGCGUAUCACUUUUUACUGCUCACGCACAAGCAGUUGUAUGACGGUAGUUUCGAUGCAGCGAUGAAGACUGCCUUGCGACUGAGAGAAUACGAGGAUAUAUUGGAAGUAGAAGACGUUUAUUGCCUGUUGGCGCUGUCCAGCGCCGUCAACCGCGCGUUCGCCACAUGCUCAAAGGCCUUCGUCAAGUUGGAGUCACUCGAGACAAUCGCACCGGCGAAGAGGGAGGAAUAUGAGGAACUGGCGGUGGAUAUCUUCACCAAGCACACCCCGAAGGACUCUCGCAACAACAAGACGGAAUGCGUCAAUUGCGAGACCCUGGUGCCCGACUGGUGUGUCUCUUGUCCGAAUUGCUCGACCAGAUUCCCAGCUUGUGUCGUUUCAGGAAAACCACUGAUGGAUCUCAGUAUCGCGUGGAUUUGCACUGUUUGCAGGCAUCACGUUGCAACAGAACGCGACGUCGUUAACAUCAACGCUUGCCCUUUGUGUCACAGUACUAUUACAUACAUGUAAACGCGUAUGGCGUGAAUAUUAGUCUAGCGCGAUAGAAUGGUCAUUUGGCGAUACACGUAGUGUAAUUUCGAGCAAUUAUCGCAUUAAGUUUUGCAACGUGAAUAGUUGUAUAAUGCAUUUAUUUUCUACACUGAAGCGCAAGGUCUUGUUAAUUUUUAUUUUAUUUUCUUUGUAAGAAAUGUGUCAUAGAGGUAGUAUCUAGUAAACAUCAACCAACGGUAACAUCAUAUUAAUAUUAUAAUUUCCCACUCAACAAUAUAAAUGCAAUAUGUGUUGUAUACGACAGUUAUAUUGUUGAGUGCGGAAUUAUAACAUUAAUGUGAUGUUAUUGUUGGUUGUUGUUUACUGGGACGUGUAAAAGUUUUCCCUCUCUUAGAUAAUAAUUUCUUGAGACAAGAUAAGAGUGAUUCCUCUUGAUAGUGUGUCAUAGGAGAAUUUUGUAGGUUUCUAAAGAUCUAUGAAAUAUCAUGUAUGUAUUGCGCUGUGCGCAUCAAAAGAUUCCGUCCAUGCGUCCGUCCAAUUUUACCAUCUGAGUAAUAAUCGAAAGUAUUUUAUUCCCAUGCAAAAUGGAGACGUUUAAUAUUAAUUUAUUUACUUAGCUUUUUCAAAAUAAAUUGAUCUUUGAAUAUAUAAAAAUGGUCAUAAAUAAAUUUUGACUCUUAAUUAGGGUUCAAUAGCGAUACAUAUAGUGUAAUUUCGAGCAAUUACCGCGUUAAGUUUUGCAACGCGAAUGGUUGUGUAAUGCAUUUAUUUUUUACGCUAAAGUACAAGUGCUUGUUAAUUCUUAUUUUGUUUUGUUUUUUUUAUGUUCUCUAGGUUGUAUCAUAGAGACCGUGCUUCAAUAAACACCAAACAACAGUAAUAUCACAUUAACAUUAUAAUUUCCUACUCAACAAUGCAAGUGCAAUAUAUGUGUUGUAUACAAUAGUUAUAUUGUUGAGUGGGAAACUAUAACAUCGAUGUGAUGUUACUGCUAGUUAGUGUUUAUUGGGAUGUGUAAGAAUUUUCCUUUUCUUAGAUAAUUUGUUGAAAUAAGAUAAGAAUGGUUCCUCUUGAUAGAGGAUGUGUCAUAAGAGAAUUCUGGGAGGUUUCUAAAAAGAUAUGAAAUAUUGUAUAUAUAUUGCGCUGUGCGCCUCAAAAGAUUCCGUCCAAUUUUACUAUUUAAGUGAUACUUGGAAUGUUUUAUUCCCGGUGCGAAAUAGAGAUAUUUGAAAUUAGUUUAUUUAUUUAGCUAUUUUAAAAUAAAAUGACGUUUGUAUAAUAAAUCACUUGGUCUUGGCUCAAUCUUUACUUAUUGGAGAUAUUCGACAUUAGUUUAUUUAUUUAGCUAUUUCAAAACAAAAUGAUCUUUGUAUAAUAGAUCACUUGAUACAAUUGAAAGACACUGCUAAUACUGUUGCGUUCACACUGUAAUUAGUUAAUAAAGGAAUGUAUUUGAGUCUCCAAGAGGAUAAUAAGUUCUUGGACAUGGUAGGUCAUUUUUUUGUACAAUAUGUUACAGGAAAAUUCUGUAGGUUUAUAGAAAUCUCUGUAGUAUCACAGCCUAUUAAACAAAUAAAAAAAUUUUGUCAUGCGACAAAUUUCGAUUUUUAUUUAUGUAGCAUCGUAAUAAAUAAAUAUAUUUUA